GAAUCUCGAAAAAGGCCCAUCUUCCUGACCCAUUGCCGGUAGGCCUAUUCGUAUCCGUCUCCGAAUAUAGGACACCACAAGGCAACACAAACCAUGGUAUCUUCAACUGCUGUAGCGGCUGCUUUGCUCAGUACGGGUCUAAUUAGUUUGGCUCCGAAUCUCAUUCUCUUGGCCUUUCCCCGUUACACUGCGGGAAGCGGUGUUCAUUCGCACCUUCUGCAGUUGGGACAAGCGCUUGCCGCCGGUGCCUUGUUGGGAGAUGUCUUUUUGCACGUCUUGCCACACGCGAGUGCCACGGAUCCGAACGUCGGCGCUUGGAUUCUUGUCGGAUUCAGCGUUUUCUUUGCGGCUGAUCUCCUCAUUCGAUCACUUGAGCAACAGCAAUACGAACCUCACCAUCAAAGUCAUUCCCACCACCACGGCAAGGCAGACAGCAAAAGUAAUCCCCUUUCAAAAAAAGAAUCCUCCCACCAAAUUCCUGACGAAAACGACGACGAUUCUUCUUUGAGCACUACGGAUAUCAAAGUCUCCACGGUGCUGUUGAAUUUAGCGGCCGAUGCGCUGCACAACUUUUCCGACGGCCUCGCCAUUGGAGCGAGUUUUGCCACGCUGCAACAACUGAAUCCCCAGCAUCAAAGUGGUGGCACCACAAAUGCAACAUCAACGGUUGCGGACAGCGUCCUUUCCAUGGCUUCGCUUUGGGCCUCCCGCGGAGGAUUGGCGACCCUGUCCGUGCUCUUUCACGAAAUUCCUCACGAGCUGGGUGACUUUUGUACUUUGGUAAAGGCUGGCUACAGUCACAAACAAGCCGUAGCGGCACAGUUUCUCACUGCCAUUGCAGCUUUUGUCGGGACCGUACUGGCACUCUAUCUGACUAGCAAAAAUGAGAACAAUAUGGACAGCUGGUUGGGUGGGGAAAAUUUGGUGCAUUUGACCGCCGGUGGCUUUAUUUAUCUAGCAGCGACCAAUAUUUUACCGGAUGUUCUGGACGAACGGGUCUCUCCGUCCUUUCGUCUUGCGCAGUUGAUGGCCUUUGGUACUGGUAUUGCCUUCUUAUACAUGGUGGCCUUAUUGGAAGAUCACGAUCACGAUCAUCAACACGGCUCGGGACAUACACAUGAAAAGCACGUUCACUAUCAACACGGCUCUCCUUUUCCGAUGGAGGAUUAUUAUUAUCAGCAUCCAACUUUGGAUGCCCAUCACCAUCAUUUCCAGGUCUCGGAUUUUCAUAAACUGCAUCAGCACCAUCACGCGCACAGUGAACUAUAGGAAUUGGUGUCAUUUCCUUCCUCUAUUCAUUUCUACGCACAUGACUAUCCAAUAUGGCUUACAAUUUUUAUCACACACAUAUUUAAA